AGCUUUUCCACGUCAGUGUGUUUACCAAGACCAGAUUGACAGCUGCAGGAAGGUGUUCAAUUUAUUCACUUAUGAGGCAUUCUAUUGAAUAGUGAUUACAUAAGUGGAGUUUGGAAAUAUUAAGUUAUCACGCAGUGGAAUGUCCGACAUUUUUAGUUUGUCCUGUUGUCGUACUGAAUUGAACUUUGGUCUUCUUCAUUCACUGUUGGCCGGCUAGCCUGCUAGCUUGCCUAACUAGGCUAGCAUUAGCUACAGCAGGACUCCAUCUUUGGAAUAGCAGCCACACAGGAAAUACAUGACUGUUGUCUGAGAGGACAAACACCGAAGACACCUAUCCUUAGCCAGCUGACACGCUAGCUAAGCAGUUAGCUGUGAGGUUUCUUGACAGAGACGCAGCAUGGUGGACAAGAAUAUCUACAUCGUCCAGGGGGAGAUCAGCACCGUUGUUGGAGCGAUCAAGAGAAACUCCAGAUGGAAUACCCACACUCCACUGGAUGAAGAACAGGACCCAUUACUGAACAGCUUUGGCCAUCUCAAGGAAAUACUCAACAACAUAAAAGAGCUUUCUGAUGUUGAGCCAAACGUUUUUCUGAGGCCCUUCCUAGAAGUGGUCCGCUCCGAGGACACCACUGGACCAAUCACAGGGCUCGCCCUCACUUCUGUCAACAAGUUCCUUUCCUAUGGCCUUAUAGGUAAGAAAUCAGCAAUAGAAAGGCAAAGUCCCGUCCCUUCUGGUGGACCACCAUGGGACCUUAUUUCUGAUAAAAUAUGUACAGUAGUCAAUGACUGGCACCAAAUAAUUAGUUGAUCAUGUUUGAAUUGUGCCAU